CGCCCCUGACCGACAUCAUGGCGACAACCAAGCGCGCACGCCGCGGCGCAGCCGAAACCUCCGAUGCCAAGGACGUGGUCAAGCCGACAGCUUCCGAGGAGAAAGUCACCGAAAGCGAUGUCGCGAUGCCCAAGGUGGUUCGUGUCUUUCUGGUGUGUGCGACGUCCAUUAUGGCCAACUAUGCGUGGCAGAACCGUGGAGUGGUGACGGACCACCUGUACAACGACAACCAGACACCGACGCAGCAGACCAUGAUCUCCGUGUUUGCCUACUUUGCACUCAUGGGUGUGAUCUUCUUGGGCGGGCUUGUCAUGAGCAAGGUUACCGUGCUGACGUCGCGCUUGUUGUGAUGGUCCACCUGCGGUCGCGUCCUUCGUCCAAAUGACAGAGCUUUUAAACUACGCAUAGAAGGGCGGUCAACAAGUGUGAUCUAGCUGGCCAGCCAUGGAGCACACAAACUGCUUGUGGCCGCCAGCUCGGCACUCCUUUCAUUUGUUGUGAGCGGCUUGAGGUUGUACGGAUAAAAACAUGUUAUCCGUAGCU